CAAGCGCAGUUCCCGGCUCCCAGUGGCGAGCUCCUCUUUCCCGGGGUUUCCACCUUCCUGGCAUCCGGACACUCGCCCCCAGCACCCAGCACCCAGCACCCAGCCCCCAGCACCCGAGCCCCCAGCACCCGAGCCCUGCUGUGGGUCGCACUCCUCUUCCGGCAACACACCCAUGGCGGAGCGUGGGGAACUCGACCUGACCGGCGCCAAGCAGAACACCGGAGUGUGGCUGGUCAAGGUUCCUAAAUAUUUGUCACAGCAGUGGGCUAAAGCCCCUGGAAGAGGUGAAGUUGGGAAACUGCGGAUUGCUAAGAAUCAAGGAAGGACUGAGGUGUCAUUUACUUUGAAUGAGGAUCUUGCAAAUAUUCAUGAUAUUGGUGGAAAACCAGCUUCAGUCAGCGCUCCUAGAGAACAUCCAUUUGUCUUGCAAAGUGUUGGAGGACAAACAUUAACAGUAUUUACUGAGAGCUCUGCAGAUAAGCUUUCAUUGGAAGGAAUAGUGGUACAAAGAGCUGAAUGCCGACCUGCUGCAAGUGAAAACUACAUGAGAUUAAAGAGACUGCAAAUAGAAGAAUCUUCUAAACCCGUACGGCUAUCACAACAACUGGAUAAAGUUGUGACAACCAAUUACAAACCUGUUGCCAAUCAUCAAUACAAUAUUGAAUAUGAAAGGAAAAAGAAAGAAGAUGGAAAACGAGCUCGAGCUGAUAAACAGUAUGUUUUAGACAUGCUAUUUUCGGCUUUUGAGAAACAUCAGUAUUAUAAUCUUAAGGACUUGGUGGACAUCACAAAACAGCCUGUGGUGUACCUGAAGGAAAUCUUAAAAGAAAUUGGUAUUCAGAAUGUGAAAGGGAUCCACAAAAACACAUGGGAGCUGAAGCCAGAGUAUAGACAUUAUCAAGGAGAAGAAAAGAGUGAUUAAGAAGACUCCAAGCCAGCAUGCUAACAGAACAACUAAGGGUGAUGCGUUAAGCAUACGGCAUUGAUACUUGAACUUGAGCACCAUGUGUUAUAGGGGCAAAAUGACUGAAACUUUAAUUUCUCUAGGUAAAUUUUUUAAACAAUAAUUCUUGAAAAAUUACUGAAGUGGUUUUUUUUGGUGUGUUUUUUUGUUGUUUUUUUUUUGAGGAGAAAUAACAAACUUAUUUAUAGACUUAACUUGUAUUAAACUAGAUUAUUCAUGAUGGGGUUAGGAGUUGGGGGUUAAGAGGUUCUGUAAUUAAAGCAAAUCAAGGAAAUAACUAUCCAUUGAGAUAAAUAUUUUUCUGUAUUAUUCGUUUUCUUAACAGAACAUUAGAAUGCUGAGGUUGAGUACCACCAUACUAGGAAAAUUUUUUAUCCUUGCAUCCCCUUUGUAAAGUAAAAUUCUGAUUAAGGAAGAUGGUCUUAUUUCCUACCCUGCCUCCAGUUGUCUUAUCCUGCAUUGUUCUGGUGCAGGAACCAAAUCUUGUUUCACCAUUGCCCUCCAGUUCCUAAUUAUUUGAGGCUGAGUGUCAAGAAGCAGAUAGAUAGCCGAAACCGGUUUGGCUCAGUGGAUAGAGCGUCGGCCUGCAGACUGAAGGGUCCCGGGUUCGAUUCCGGUCAGGGGCAUGUACCUGGGUUGUGGGCACAUCCCCAGUGGGAGAUGUGCAGGAGGCAGCUGAUCGAUGUUUCUCUCUCAUCGAUGUUUCUGACUCUCUAUCUCUCUCCCUCUGUAAAAAAUCAAUAAAAUAUAUUUUAAAAAAAAAGAGACAGAUAGAUAAAGGUGUGAUAAAUCUGUAUACAACUGAUAAUUCUGGAUGCCUGUCAUGCUUGGUUUGUAGCACAUAUCUUCCCCCAAACCCUGUCUUUUUAUGUGUAGACUGCCCUGAAACACCUGGGUCGUCUACCCCUGCCUUUUGUUUUUGUGGUGACAGUGUCUGCCAGAUGCAGUGUUCCCAGCAGAGCUAUGUCAUUUGAAGUUAUGCUUUGGUAUUUCUUCAAACCUGGUUUUUUCAGCUUAAUUUCAGUUACCUUUUACCUCAUCACACUAUCUGCUUGAGUUUUUUAAACACUUAGUUUUGAGUUUCUUAAACACUUGUUACCUUUUCUAUAGGAUAGCUAAUCUAUGUGGUAGACUGUGUCAUUCCUGGUUAAUUUUUGGAAUUGCUUUCUCAUUCAAUACUAAAAUAUGGCUGUUGGUCAUAGAAGAGACUCCCUUCGACCUGGGUUUCCACGUUCUUUUAUUUCAGGACUCUCUAGCUCUGAUAAACAUGCUUUUGACCACUGUGAGAUUGAAAGGAAGGCUGAUAUACAUCUGGCAAAAUGUCACAUCAUGAGGGUAGGAAGGCCAUAUUUAAUAGAUGAGAUUGUUAAACUCAGCCAGUACAUGGGAUGUUUUAAUUGUCAAAAUCUAUGUAAUAAGAUUAUAGUUGCUGGGCAAUGGCAAGAUUUGAAAUUACAUGUUGCCACAGUAACUUCUAAAGAGAUAAAUCUUAAAAAAUAAAAAAAAGGUUUGCUCUAUUGUA